AUGCGGGGAGGACUGAAACUGGCCGAGCGAGGCGUCAUCCCCAGGCUGCUGAGCAACGUGUUCCGCCGUGGCAAGAAGAUUGCAAAGGACUCGGGGGGCGAGACCGCUGUCGAUGUUGCCCUGUCCUACUACGAGAUCUACAACGACAAGGUGUUCGACCUCCUCGAACCCCCCGAGAAACGAACCCCGUCGGGACUUCCUCUACGAGAGGCAAAUGGCAAAACACAGGUUGUUGGGCUGUCCGAGCGGUCUUGCAUGGAUCUGAAGGACUUUGAGAGGCUAUACAUUGAGGCAAACAACAACCGCGUCACGGCAGCAACGAAGCUGAAUGCCCACAGCAGUCGGAGCCAUGCGAUCCUACGCGUCAAAGUAACGCAGACAACCGGAGACAUGGUCCUUGAGAGCACUGCUUCAGCCAUUGACUUGGCUGGAUCAGAGGACAACAGACGGACAGACAACGGCAAGGAGCGCCUCAUCGAGUCUGCUGCCAUCAAUAAGAGCUUGUUCGUCCUGAGCCAGUGCAUCGAUGCCAUCUCGCGCGGUGAUAAGCGUAUCCCCUACAGGGAAUCCAAGAUGACGCGCAUUCUGUCACUUGGCCAGAACAACGGCAUCACAAUCAUGAUACUCAAUCUUGCCCCGAUUCGAAGCUACCAUCUUGAUACCCUUAGCAGUCUAAACGUCAGCUCCCGGGCGAAGAGGAUCGAGGUCCGAGAGAUCGAGAACGAAGUAGUCUUCAAGCAGCCGCCCAGGUCAAACUCCUCGCUCACUGGCACAACCAUGCAGAGACAGCCUUUGCGACCGCUUGCAAACGCUCAUAACGUCCAUACAGGAACCCUUGCAGCUAAGAUCGUCGCUGAUAAGGACAAGCCCGUCAAGGCUUUCUCGGUGUAUACCGACCGCUCCAAACCUGCUACAACACCACGGCCCGCUACCGUUCAUGCCUCGCUACAAGUCCGUCGCUCCAACUCCAACAAGCGGCCAUCCGAUUCCAAUGACCAAGCCGCCCGCCCCUCGAAGCUAGCACGCCCUUCCAUCCCAGCCCCAAUGGUGCGAUCUCAUCCGACGGGUCUUCCCGCCCAGCCUCCUUCCAUCUCCGCCGAGCAGAUUGAGGCCAUGGUAGAACGCAAAGUGCAAGAGAUUCUCGCCUCCCGCGCCGCACAAGCAUCGCAACUCGAAACGCCCGCCCCACAACAGUCCAUGGCAAACGAGAUCAGCGAGGCAGUGCAAAAGCGGCUGGAUGCGUUGGAGCGUAGGAUUGAUGACGGGCGACAAGACGACGCACGCUCAGAUGGACUGCGCUUCCUGCUCUUGGCGCGGCAGCAGAAGGAGAAGGGCGAGGACGAGGCCGCGUUGAAAUACUACGAGAUGGCCUUGCCGUACUUCCCUGGUCAGGCGAAACUGCUUGGCAAGAUUGAGAGGCUGCGGACAAAGCUGGCCGGGAUGAGCGGAAGCGCCAAUGAUCCCAGCUCGGCUCUCGCGGGAAUGAACUCUCAGGAGUCAGCCACCAGCAAGCCACGAGCGCAGAAGAGGCACCCGAAAAUGGCCGUACUGGAUGACGAUCAUGACGAUUCGUAUCACGAUGGCGGUGAUGCUGAUGUGGAUGACGAGAGCUUUGUCGGUCGGUCUCAUGCAAAAGCGAGCCGGAAACCGAAAGUGAAACUGGCAAAGUCGAUCAUGGCCGGCGACUCUGAUGAUGCAAUGACACCACGCAAACAACAGCUACUCAACAUUAUCAACUCUCGCGAUCUUGGCGCCAUCAAGGGGCUCCAUGGUUUCGGUGCGAAGAAAGCCCGCGAUCUGGUCGACUACCUGGAUCUCAUGGGCGAUGACGAAGGUGGGCGUAUCGAGUCGAUGAAUCAGUUGCGAAGCGUGCCCGGCAUGGGCGGUCGCACGCUCGAGAGAGCUUAUGAAGGUCUAGUGAGCGCGAUAUAA